GAAUAUUGAUUUUGCUCAAAACAAAAUUUUUACUUUCCAACUGAAAAUUAAGUUCAAUGGAGUGUUUAAAGUCAAUACCAGUGGAUAAAUGUUGUUUAGUUGUACAAAUGCCAACAGUUGAAGAAAUGAAACGUGAAGUAGCUGAUAUUACAUGUGAAAUGCAAUCGGUGUAUAUUGAUAAUACCGCAAUUGGCUCAUCACCGCGGCCUUCAACAACGACAACAUCAUCAUCGGAAGCGGUAAGCAGCACAACAGCAACAACUACAGCAACACAAAAUACCUCUGUUACUACUGUUAACAAUACUUUGAAAAAUAAUUCAACUACUGAAAUAAAUUUAAUUCAUUCUAAUUUGGAUGGAAAAUCACCUAUCAAUUCAAAGGUAAAUCAUUUUAUUCUCAUGAAUAAUGAAUGA